CUCUGAUGUCAGUGCCAGAAUGGGCAUUCAAGAGUUACUGCUGUCAGUCAACAGGCAGCAGGAGAGAAGGAAGGAUGUAGAGAGAGAUUAAAUGAGAGAGUGGCAGGGGGCACAGAAAGAGAGAGAGAGAGAGAGAGAGAGAGAUGCUGAGAGAGUAGCAGUUAAUUCAGCAGUGAUGGCCUGCAUGCCUGGUUAGCAUAUUUCUGUGUCUGUUUGUAAUACACGCCGUCAUGGAGAAAAGAAAUGAGAAGUUGUUCUCUAGAAAAAGAAGUUUCACAUUCGGAGCUUACGGAGGGAUUGACAAAUUCAUCACUGGAACUGAGAGCAGCUGUGCUGAAUCUGUGGGACACAGCAUACUGGAGAUUUUAGAUUCACCCUCCAGUGAGGCUAAGCCACUCACCUCUGCCACAUCCAGCCAGAAGGUGACAGAGUUGUUUGCGAUAAUUGAAAAGCUACAGGGUAGCAGAUUGGAUGAACAGCGUUGUGAGUUCCCACCCCCUUUGAAGACACGGCUCUUAAAGAUUGGAGAUGGUUUACCUCUCAUCCUGCCCCCUCAAUCUGGAGGCUAUUGGAUCGAUCCUCCCUUGGACAGACAUGUGGAGACCAGCCCAACUUUCUCACAAGGGGGGUUUGGCCUGGAAAGCUACGAUAUCAUGGAACGAGACAGUGAAGCUAAAAUGUACCAGGAAUUCUUCCGCCACAGAUAUCAUCAUUCUUUCACAGCCUCUGACCCCUCUCUUGGGCCUUUAGUUUUGUCUAUUUGUCUUGAAGAAGAAGAAAAUCGCCUGCGAGUCAUUCUGAGGAUGAAGGAAUGCUCCCUUCAUGGAACAUUCUCUGUUUCUCUCUUUCAACACUUUCCAACAGCCGUAGAGUUGGCAAAGAUGCUGUGCUCAAAUGUCAGUAUAUCAUGUUUUGAGCCUGUGAUUUACUUAAAGGCCCCUGAGCUCAUAAUGGCAUUUGAUGAACACAGGGUGUCUCAAAACUUUAAAUUUGGGGUCUUGUACCAGAGAGAAGGACAGUUAACUGAAGAAGAUAUUCUCAGCAACAACGAGGAAAGUGAAGAGUUUUUGGAGUUUCUGUCGAUACUAGGACAGACAAUCAAACUACAAGGAUUUACUGGCUUUAGAGGAGGCUUGGAUGUGUCUCAUGGCCAGACAGGAGAUGAGGCAGUGUUCACCUCCUUCCAUGGAAGAGAGAUUAUGUUUCAUGUUGCCACUAAACUCCCCUUCACUGAAGGUGAUACCCAACAGCUACAGAGAAAAAGACACAUUGGCAAUGAUAUAGUUGCUUUGGUUUAUCAGGAGGGUCAUACACCUUUCAUCUCGGAUGUGAUCAGAUCCCACUUCUUGCAUUGUUUCAUCGCAGUACGGAGGAUAAAGAGAGAAAGUGAGGGAGAGGGAGGGGAUGGAGGAUCAUUUCAGGUGUCUAUCACUGCUAGGGAGGAUGUGCCCCCAUUUGGCCCGCCUCUUCCUUCACCACCCAUUUUUACAGAGGGUUCUGUUUUGAGAGAGUUCCUCCUGACCAAACUUAUAAAUGCUGAAAUCUCUUGCUACAAAGCUGACAGAUUCAGUCGACUGGAGUUACGCACACGUUCAUCUCUCUUGGAAGCACUGCGGUCUGAACUAUCUUCCCGCACUCAGUGCAUGCUGGGAGAGCCGACACAGUCCAGCAUCCCACUCACUGAAGGAGGGAGGGGUGUCCCAGAGGCCAGUGGGGGAUUCAUUGAAAACUUUAAGAGAGCUAUAAGGGUGCGUAGCCACUCAUUCGAUACCUUGGGAGUACCAAAGAAAGCUGGUGGUGUGGCAGGACAGAAACCAAAGGAGGGUGAAAGUGACCCAACAAGCAAGCCUGAUGUGUGCUUCACUGAGGUGAAAGGUCAAACAAGUCCGCAAGAUGACCUAUAAAGGGCAACCUAAAACUUCUAAAUAUGCUGAAGACAUGAAGAAGGGUGCUUAUUGUUCAUUAGACAUGAUACAAAGCACAUUUAAGUAAUAAGCACAUUAAAGGCGGGGUUCAUGAUUUUGGAAAAACACUUUGGAAAAGGGGGUCGGGUUGAGUACCAAAACACACUUAGCCAAUCAGCAGAAAGUGGCAUGUCUACUAACUGACAUCGUUGCGUAUGUAUGGGGUGGGUCUAUCAAAAGAAGGUCUGGAUUCUAUUAGGGUAGGGGUGUCUUUGUUUAGGUGAUUUCAAAUGUCAACAUUGACUGUCAGAGAUCCUGCACCCCGCCUUCAAACUAAAAUAGAUUUUAAGGUAAGUUAUUAGACUCGUGAGACUUCAUGCUGCACCUCAAGAACCGACAAGUGGAUGUCAUCACAGUUCUGCGAAAGUCACUUGAAAGCAGACUUUGUAUGAUCUCAAAUCGCGCUCAUGAUACUUUGACGUCUUCCUCCUAUUGGUUCUUGUUGUACCACAUGAAGUCGAACAAGCCUAUUGCUAGUUUUAGAUAGUCAGAGACAGAAAAUAUUAAAGGUUUCAUGCAUAUUAUCAUUUGAAUGUCUUCAAAGUGGCAAUUUUUAAUCUAGCCAACUACAAGGGGGUUACAUUUUUGGAGGAACCAUUCUUUCAGAUUGUCGAAGUAUUGAAAAUGUACUCGUAUUUUAGGUUUCAUCUUUAGUGGCAAAGCCAAAAAAAGCUUAACUUUUUUCUGUAUCUUUUAAUAAGUCAUGUAUUGUUUAUUUUUUGUACUAUUAGGUUUUAGCAUAUUCAAAAAUGAUUGUAAACCCUUUAUCUGCAUUCAGAAGGGGAAUAAAAGCAACCUGGAAACACA